UUUUUGUAAGACUAUGCCUAGAUAGUGGAGAUAGUGGAGACAUGGUUACUAACAUUAUAUUCAUUAUUAUUAAUUUGUGCCUUUAAAAUUUGUACAUGACAAAAUGCAAGAAGCUGAGUUCUGUGGCACAGCAGAUAAAGUUUUUACAGUUGCUAGAUUCACUAUAUCCCAGAGUUUAUGAGCGUUUAAUAGCUACAUAGAAGGGAGAAUUUUAUAUUGGUGGUAAUGGAAAGUGCUUAGUUGCAGUCAACCUAGGGCAACCCCAAAGGGUUUUUAAGGCAAGAGAUGUUCCAACGUGGUUUGCCAUUGCCUGCCUCUAUGUUGCAACCCUGAACUUCCUUAGUGAUCUCUCAUGCAAAUACUAACCAGGGCUGAACCUGCUUUGCUUCCAAGAUCUAAGCAAUUGUAGGUCAAGCUGCUGCAGUUCUAGCUAUCAGUUGAUGGUUAUAUAAAGGGCUUAUGUAAACUGGGAUUUAUAAAAAAAAGAAGAAAGAAAAGCAGCAAAAUGAUGCUGAUCAAAAUCACACAAUUAUUGCAGUUCAGGUUUCCGGAUUUUAUAAAUGAAAGGUCAUCAGUUGCUUCAGUAGUGCCUACAAUGUAUUCGGACUUGCAGUAUAACUGUCUGGGGACACUUGCUGCACCAGGGGUGAGAAUAUUUUUUUGUUUACAUAAUAUCUCUGACUUUCUGCUCGAUGCACACCCACAGUACAAUGACCAGUUCUCAGGAACCCCUGAGCUGGUCUUCAUCUACAACUGUGAUCACUAAGACCCUAAAUGAAGACAAAGAUUUUAGUGGGAUGCAUGGAGAACAUAUGCCUGCUGGUCAUCAGGCUUCGCCCGAGAUAAUAGAAGAUGUACAAGACAAGGGCUUGCUUCAGAGCAAUAUGUCGGAGAACACGAGCAGCCCAGUUGCCACAACAGUACUGACCAGCAUAAGUGAGGAUUCCAGAGACCAGUUUGAAAAUAGUGUGCUACAGUUAACAGAACAGGAUGAAUUAGAAACCCCUGUUAACCAGGACAACAGUGACAGCGUGAGGAGGGAAACCAACAGUGUAACAGAUGAUAUCAAGGUCCAGUUCAACAGAUCAGGCAGUGGAAAUGGUGGAUUUCUUGAAGGACUCUUUGGCUGCUUGAAGCCAGUGUGGAAUAUUAUAGGCAAAGCUUACUCCACUGACUACAAGCUUCAACAACAAGACACAUGGGAAGUUCCUUUUGAGGAGAUUUCUGAACUGCAGUGGCUGGGCAGUGGAGCACAGGGAGCAGUUUUCUUGGGCAAGUUCCGAACAGAGGAGGUGGCCAUCAAAAAAGUGCGGGAACAGAGUGAAACGGAUAUCAAGCACUUGAGGAAGCUGAAGCAUCCUAACAUCAUCGCUUUCAAGGGAGUUUGCACCCAGGCACCUUGUUACUGUAUCAUAAUGGAGUACUGUGCACAUGGGCAGCUGUAUGAAGUGUUGCGAGCAGGUCGAAAGAUCACACCUCAGCUGCUUGUAGACUGGUCAACGGGGAUUGCUAGCGGAAUGAACUAUUUGCAUCUUCAUAAGAUCAUCCACAGAGAUCUCAAGUCACCUAAUGUAUUAGUCACUCACAAUGAUGCAGUAAAAAUUUCAGAUUUUGGCACUUCCAAAGAACUUAGCGAUAAGAGUACGAAAAUGUCCUUCGCAGGAACUGUAGCCUGGAUGGCCCCAGAAGUGAUUCGCAAUGAACCCGUCUCUGAAAAAGUGGAUAUUUGGUCAUUUGGGGUGGUUUUGUGGGAACUUCUCACUGGAGAGAUUCCAUAUAAGGAUGUCGAUUCCUCAGCCAUCAUCUGGGGCGUAGGUAGCAAUAGCCUGCACCUUCCUGUGCCCUCUACAUGCCCAGAUGGAUUCAAGCUCCUUAUGAAGCAGACCUGGCAUAGCAAGCCCCGGAAUCGGCCCUCUUUCCGACAGACACUUAUGCACCUCGAUAUUGCAUCUGCUGAUGUGCUGGCCACCCCACAGGAGACUUAUUUCAAGUCUCAGGCGGAAUGGAGAGAAGAAGUGAAAAAGCACUUUGAAAAAAUUAAAAGUGAAGGAACUUGCAUACACCGGUUAGAUGAAGAACUCAUUCGCCGUAGAAGAGAAGAACUCAGGCAUGCACUAGACAUCCGUGAACAUUAUGAGAGGAAACUGGAGAGGGCUAAUAACUUGUAUAUGGAACUCAGUGCCAUCAUGUUACAACUGGAGGUUCGAGAAAAAGAGCUCAUCAAACGGGAACAAGCUGUGGAAAAGAAAUAUCCUGGGACUUACAAACGUCACCCAGUCCGACCCAUAAUCCAUGCCAAUACAAUGGAAAAAUUGAUGAAGAGGAGAGGAGUCUCCCACAAGCCUGGAGGCCAAAUUAAACGGCCUGAUCUGCUGAGGUCUGAUGGCAUUUCCAACGCUGAGGUAGGCCCUAGUGGCUCCCCCCUCUCAGGGAGUCCCAAGAUGUCUGCAGUUAAUAACAAAAGCCGUUACCGCAGUAAACCACGCCAUCGCCGAGGAAACAGCAAAGGCAGUUACAGUGACUUUGCAGGGAUUUUGAAAAGCCAGCCAGCCCAGGAUGACUCGUGUCAGCCAUCUAACAAUCAUCAGCACCAUACUCCUCCCCAGGGGCAUCACCCUCAGCUGAACAUACACAGGCAGGAUGUAGCCAACUGUGCUAACAACCUCCGGUAUUUUGGUCCUGCUGCAGCCCUUCGAAGCCCUCUUAGUAAUCACGCCCAGCGGAGGAUGUCUGGCUCCAGCCCUGACCUUAUCUCUGCUGCCAUGGAAGCGGAUUCACGGAGGAAUCUGGAAGAGGAUGAAGGCAGCAAGGCCCAUCUUGGGGAAGGAGACUUGUACAACCUAUGUCCAGAGUGCAGACUGGGGACAAAUGAUUCAAACCAAGGAGAGUCACUUGAACCAGGACUGGAGCAGCCAGAGGAAUCAUUGCAUAACCCAUCAUAUUCAAAUUCACAGUAUCCUGGAAGAAGUGAGGGAAGUGAAUUUUGCACCCAUAGGUCAGUGUCAUCCCUUGGCUCCUCACACUCAGCGAGCACUCCAGGACUGCUGUGUAGAACACGACCAGUCCCAAAGAGUGGUGACGACUCUUCAGAAGAAGAAGGAGAAGUAGACAGUGAAGUAGAAUUCCCUCGAAGACAGAGGCCACAUCGCUGCAUCAGUAGCUGCCAGUCCUAUUCAACUUUCAGCUCUGAAAAUCUCUCUGUAUCUGAUGGAGAGGAAGGGAAUACCAGUGAUCAUUCCAACAGCCCAGAUGAGUUGGCCAACCGGCGUGAAGAUCAUCUGGCUGAGAUGAUGUCACAGUCUUUAGAAAUCCCCAUUGAGAUCUCCACCCAGUCUGAUGGACUUUCGGAUAAGGAGAGUGCUGUACGCAGGGUGAAAACACAGAUGUCUCUGGGCAAGUUGUGUCCUGAGGAACAUGGCUAUGGGAAUCCUGGGGAGUUCGGAGACUCUGGUGAUGACUCUUCUGACGGGGAGUGUUCUGAUGCAACUGUGAGAACCAGUAAAGCGUGUAAUUCUGCAACCUGGUAAUGACGACCUCUAUUCCUCCAUUAUUUUCUCAGCUGGCAUUUUGAUUCCCUCAAGAACCCUCUUUCCAUUAUUUCUGUGAGAAACUGCUUCUCUACCCCAUCACCAAAAUGAUCUGCAAUAACUUGAAUUUUUGGAGAAAUGUUCUGAUGAAUUGGUUUUUCUGUGAGCAUUUCAAUCAAGAAUGGCAGGGAUGUAUUUUAUUAAAUAAUUGAGCUACUGUACCAUAUUUUUGUCAUUUUAACACUUUUUACUCUAAAGAGUGAAUUGUAUCAUAGAUAAAAUGUGUUGCAAAAAAUUAAGAUAACAGGCCUAUGGAAAAGAAAUCAUCUUUUUGAGUCUUAGACUGCAUGCUGCUGUUUUGAAAAUGGGACCAAGCCACGUGGCCUGGAAGGAAUAGGAAAUAAAGGAAGCGAAAUUGGUGACAAGGUUAUAUCCAGAAAAGCAAUGAGUGAGAUAACCAGUCGACAAAGAGGAGCAUUGAUAUCAGCUAUGUCAUUUCAAAGAAGUUGUCCACCUCUUUGAAAAUGGUUGGCCGUCAGAUGGAUCCAGUUACUGCACACCUGACAUGUGAGAGUGGAGGACUAAUCGUGUUUGUCAAUGAGCCUUUGGCAGUUGUGACAUCCUACAGCUAUAUUCUAACUUCAGCUUCCCUCUAGCACUUUUCACCAUUCUACUGUGAGAUCAGAAGAGGCAGUAUGGAGUGACUGGCAGACAGAAAUUGGUUGGUUAUCUUCCUCUCCUUUGCAACCUGCUUUCAAUUAAAAACAAAUCGAUCAAAUUAGUGUUGAAUGAGAACUCACGCACCGAGGGAAAAGCACAUUCUGCACAUCCUAAGAGAAAGAAGUUGGAGCUGUCCUACUAGAGUUGAUGCUUGCCAGCAUACCAUAAGGAAGUAUUGUAGUUGGAUGAAACCAAGGGAACAGCCUUGCUUGAAUGACACUACUGUUCUUUUUCUAGAGCUGUUCUCUUAUGAGAGUACUGGCACCUUGGGGCUGAUGCAGAGUGAUAUUUGGAAUAGAGGUAACUAGAGAAUGCCUUUCAUUUUGGGUGUGAGAGAACCUAAGCCAUAUUGCCAUAGUGGUGGAUUUUGGACUCACCUUUCCUAAGGGAAUGGUAUUUCACCUUCCCUCUGCAUUACCUCAUUCUUUCUAAGCAAUUUUCUGGGGUUUAUAAUCAUUAAUUGGAAUGUCUACAGGAGUAUCCCACCCACCCCCACCCGCCCAAGAUGGCUGAAUCUGGGCUUAUAGGCCAAGUACAGUUCAUGUUCUUAUCUGUGUCCCCAAAGCAUGGCCUGUAAUGAUGACAUUCAGGAAAGGAAGGAGUCUUGUGUGGUGUGUAAGCUUGUAUGUAGUGAGACCCAUGUGAUUGGGAGUCACACCUCUACACUCAAAAUGAAGGGCAAGGACAGCUUGUGUGAUGUGCUGCUGUUUGUUUACAUAUGAUUUGAAUUUUUAAAUGUUUAGCCUACUGGCAAAAUGAAGGGAAAUUGUUUCAGAGAACAGUAUUGUAUGUGUUAAAUUAUUCCAUAUUUUUUAAAAAAAAUUGUAGCUGGACUACAUGGAUCUUAAGUUAUGUCAUUGUUAUUUAUUGUAAUUGCUGUAGAUUACUGUCAGGGCUUCUUGUAGCACAAUUUUUGGUCCCUGCUUCAUGGCUUCUUAUUGCAAGAGAAGCAGGAGCUAGAGUGUUCCUUGCUGAUGGAAUCUUGAUCUUUCACAGGCCACAGCACGCUCUAAGGAAAGGAGUAGGCCAGCACAAGCGGAUUCGAGCUGUGCUGGGCUGCAUGCACAUGGAAUACAAAAUGGACAUCUUGGCAUAUUUUAGCCUCCUUGCUGUUGUCCAGAACACUGCUAUGCCAGAGGAUGCUCUCCUGAAGUAAUACACUCUUUGUUAACACUAGGAAUACAGCUUAGUGUGAUUAUAGAAGACGGAUUAGAACUCUCCCCACUCUUGAGAAGUUGUGCCUGGAGGUUCAAGCCCUCAAAUUUGUGGAUAAUACACUUAUUUUGGUAGUCCCAUCGAUGUUGAUUAUUUCUUCAACCUCAUAAAGGCUUUCCAUUAGUAAUACAAGCUUGUGCGGUGGUUCUCAAAAUAAAGUGGGAUCUGCUUGCA